AUGUCUGUUGGACUUCCUUCCGAUGAAGUCGCUGAAGACUACAAAAACUCCCUCGAAGAUCUGACUAUCAACUCGAGAUAUGAGAUCAGCAAUCUAACUGUUAUUGCAAAAGAGAACACAGAGCAUGCUAUGGCAAUAUCAAGGGUUUUGGAGAAUCACAUCAAGAGUACUCCUCCAGACCGCAAGCUACCAGCACUUUACGUCCUAGAUUCUGUGGUUAAAAAUGUUGGAACGCCCUACACGCUAUUCCUUGGUCGUAAUCUGUACACGAUCUUCAUGAAUGCCUACAGCUUGGUCAACAAUCAGGUACGCCGCAAGCUUGAUGAGAUGCUCAAGACAUGGAAAGAGCCAGUGCCUGGAUCACUGGAUCCAAGGCCUGUAUUUCCAGCUGAAACUAUCCGACCUAUUGAGAAUGCAUUGAUUAAAGCUCGCACUGCCGCCGUCCAGGCGCAACAACAGCAACAGUCUAGGGCCCAACAGGAGAUGAUGGCUCGCGGUCGACCAAUGGCAACACCGAAUCCACAGUGGCGCAAUACCCCUACACCACCUCAAGCCCGCAGUCCUUACUACCCUCCGCCACAGCAAAUGUACGGUCAGCAGAAUAUACCUAACGGUAACUAUCAGGCACGUUCGCAGUAUCCUCAGACUGCCAUUUACCCUGCCCCACAGCCAACUACGACCAAUUAUCAGCAACCUUACCCACAGCCACCAGCGUACCCCCAGUACCAACAUCCUCCAAACCACUCAGAUCCCAUACAUCAAGACGUCGAAAAACUCAUCAGUGCCGCACGAUCUGAAUUCUCGAGCAACGUCAACGAUGACUCGCUGCGAAUACGUCUGCAGGCUUUGCUAGCUCUGCAGGGUGCUUUGAAGUCGCAGACCCUUACACCCCAAGAAUUUCAAGCCGCUCGGAACGAGGUCGCCCGGCUCUUCGCUGAGGUCUAUGGAGCCUCUGGACCAGCGGCUUCGGCGCCUCCGCGUGCUUCGGUGUCGACUCCCUACGUACCUCCACAACAAAUUUCCCCGCAGCAACGACCCGCACAGGUACCGGCACCGCAAAAUCCGGACAUUCAGUCCUUGCUAUCGUCGAAGAACUUGGCCGAUAUCAUUGCGAAGGCUCAGCAAGCGCCAGCGACUCCGCCAAUCUCCCAGGCACCGUUCUCCCAAGCGCAACCAGCUCCACACAACUCGUCCACACCGUCUUCGUCGGCCAAUCUAGGUGAUAUGCUGGCAUCUCUCAAAGCCAAAGGUAUCUUCUCUGGUACCUCAAGCACACCAGUCAAUGGCUCCCAUGGAUAUGCACCUCCGCCAUCUGUCACGCAAACCCCACCAAUUAUACCUGGAGGCUUCCCACGUCCGGCAUUGAUCAACGAUGUUGAGGUUAUAUCGACAUCGUUGAAGCGACCCCGGAUCCACCACGUCUCAACGUUAUACGAAGCUCGACCGAAUCAAUGCUCAACAUGCGGUAGACGAUUCCUCGCUACAGCAGAGGGUAAAGAGAAGAAGGCCCGUCAUUUGGAUUGGCAUUUUCGAACGAACCAACGCCUAGCCGACUCUGCCAAGCGGGGCCAGAAUCGAAGCUGGUACGUUGAUGAGUUGGAAUGGAUUAAAUCUCGUGACAAUCCUGAGGAUGCUCCACUUACAGAUGCCUCCUCCGAUGCCGCAAGAGCUGCACUUGCUGCAUCUCUCGCUGCAGCCGAUCCUAAAAACAAGCACAUCCCUGUACCAUCCGACCCAGCUCUUGCCAAUCAGCCAUGUCCUAUUUGCCAAGAGAAGUUCGAUAUGGUAUGGAAUGACGAAGUCCAGGACUUUGUAUGGAUGGAUGCGAUGAAAAUUGGGACUAGAAUUUAUCAUGCCAGCUGCCAUUCUGAGGUGAAGAAAGAAGGCGGCACUACACCUGUGAGAACGAGCACGCCGGAUAGUGUAUUGGGGAAGAGGAAGGCGGUCGGUGAUUAUAACGCAGGCAAUGCAAAAGCGGUCAAGGCAUGA